GUGAUUCUACAGGUUCAUAUUGUUUAUCUAGGGGAGAAGCAACAUGAUGAUCUUGAGCUUAUCAGACUCCCAUCAUGAUAUGCUUGCCAAUGUUGUUGGAAGCAAGGAAUUGGCCUCAGAAUCGAUGGUGUACAGCUACAAACAUGAAUUCUCUGGGUUUGCAGCCAAGUUGACAGAGUCUCAAGCUCAAGAGUUUGCUAAUUUGCCAGGAGUUGUUGGAGUUUUACCAAAUAGUCUUCACAGGCUGCAAACGACUAGGAGUUGGGACUUCUCAGGCCUUUCUUCUCAUUCUCCUACUAAUAUACUUCAUAACAGUAGCAUGGGUGAUGGAGUUGUAAUUGGUGUAUUUGACACAGGUAUAUGGCCCGAGUCUAAAGCAUUCAGCGAUGAAGGACUUGGACCCAUCCCAUCCCGCUGGAAAGGUGUUUGUGUUUCCGGGGGGCGCUUCAAUCCCGCCCUUCAUUGUAACAAGAAAAUAAUUGGGGCUCGUUGGUAUAUUGAUGGAUUUCUUGUCGAGUAUGGAAAGCCCCUAAACUUAUCUGGUGAUGUUGAAUUUUUAUCUGCAAGAGAUGCAAAUGGACAUGGAACGCACACGGCUAGCACUGCAGCUGGAGCAUUUGUGAGCAAUGUCAGCUACAAAGGUCUAGCUCCAGGGAUUAUAAGAGGUGGAGCGCCCCGUGCUCGAUUAGCUAUUUACAAGGUUUGCUGGGAUGUACUUGGAGGACAGUGCUCAUCUGCUGAUAUUUUGAAGGCCUUUGAUGAAGCAAUACAUGAUGGGGUUGAUGUGUUAUCCUUGUCAAUUGGCUCUUUAAUUCCUCUAUUUUUAGACACUGAUGAUGGACGCGAUGGUAUAGCUACCAGUUCCUUUCAUGCAGUUGAUAAGGGCAUCACUGUCGUUUGUGGAGCUUCAAAUGAUGGACCAUCUGCUCAGACUGUGCAGAAUACAGCACCUUGGAUUUUGAAUGUUGCAGCAAGCACCAUGGAUCGAACAUUUCCAACCCCCAUAACACUGGGGAACAAUAAAACAUUUCUGGGCCAAGCCAUAUUUACUGGAAAGGAUGUUGGUUUAAGAGGCUUACUUUAUCCGUCCUCCGGACUUGACCCCAAUGCAGCAGGUUCCUAUCAAUCUUUAUCACUUAAUGCUACAUCAGUGGUCGGAAAGGUGGUGCUCUGCUUCACCUCAACGGCUCAGAGAGCUUCAGUAACAAACGCCGUAGAAGCUGUCAAGGAAGCAGGUGGAGUAGGGCUGAUUGUUGGCAAAAAUCCGAGCGAUGCAUUGUAUCCAUGCAGUGGCGAUUUCCCAUGCAUUGAAGUGGACUAUGAGAUUGGGACCUGGAUUCCGUUUUACAUCCGUUCUACCAGAUUUUCUACAGUAGAGUUGAGUAGAUCUAGAACAAUCGUGGGGAAGCAUGUGUUGCCAAAGAUCGCGCAUUUCUCAUCUAGAGGGCCUAACUCAAUUGCUCCAGCAAUUCUCAAGCCUGAUAUAGCUGCACCGGGAGUGAACAUAUUAGCUACUACUUCACCUCUUGAUCCAUUCGAGGAAAAUGGUUAUACCAUGCAUUCAGGAACGUCUAUGUCAACUCCUCAUAUCUCAGGCAUGGUGGCUCUUCUCAAAGCAUUGCAUCCUCAAUGGUCUCCUGCAGCUAUUAAGUCUGCACUUGUCACAACGGCAUGGAGGAAUCAUCCUAUAGGUUAUCCAAUCUUUGCGGAGGGAUCUCCUCAAAAGCUGGCAAACCCAUUUGACAUGGGAGGAGGCAUCGUAAACCCAAAUGGAGCAGCAGACCCUGGUCUUGUAUAUGACAUGGGUACACCUCACUACGUUCAUUACCUCUGUGCUAUGGGUUACAACAAUACUUCUAUUUCUAGUCUUACAAGACAACCCAUAGUGUGCCUUGGGAAAGAAACAUCCAUCUUGGACAUCAACUUGCCUUCCAUAACCAUACCAAAUCUUAGAAACUCGGUUACAAUCACCAGAACCCUAACAAAUGUAGGACCAACCAAUUCCAUAUACAGAGCUGUGAUUGAACCUCCGAUUGGCACAUAUAUUACAGUAAAACCAGAUAAGUUGGUCUUUAACAGAAAAUCAAAGAAAAUCAUCUUCACGGUCACAGUUACAGCAAUCCACCAGGUGAAUACAUGCUACUAUUUUGGAAGCCUGUCGUGGAGUGACGGGGCCCAUACUGUGACAAGUCCUUUGUCAGUGAGAACAGAAAUGUCACAACCUUAUGUUGAUGAAAACUAGGAAAUGGAAUAAACAUCCGUCGUUUCAUAUAUACAAUUCAUCAUGUUAUAUAAAUACAAUGUUCUUAAACGUAUUCCUCUAUUCAGCUAUAAUUAAAGGGGAAAAUCAAUUACAUUCAUCUACAUUCUGGAAGACAUUAUUGUGUCAUUAUCCUAUCCA